UCUCCUUGUCUCCAAAGAUUCAGCUAAGAAAAUCUGACACAGAAAAACAUUCAAUGAAAAAAGAAAAUAUUUAUAAAGAAGACGCGCAUUUAAAAAGCAAAUCUUUACUAAAAGAAGAGACUUCACAAAAAAAGAAAAAUUUUUUUAUAGAAAAAACUUUUCAACAAGAUAAAACUCUUCUCAAGAAAGACAUUUUUCACGAAAAAGAAAUUUCUUCGAAAACAAAAAAUUCACAAAAGACGAACUCAGCCUUAAUAGUCCUUCCACCAAAUACACCAACUAUUGAAAUUGAAAAAGAUACAACGAAGAAUAAUUUUAAAAUUACUGAACGAUCUCGAAGAUAUAAUAUUGUACAUAGAAGAGUCUUACAAGAAAUGAAUUGGGAAAAUCAUAUGCUACGCAGACAGGGCCCAAAUUCCGGAUUGCCGUCUGCAUCACGAUCACCACUAAAUCGCAAUCAGCAAACGCAUUAUGAACCAAGAUCAGAAUCUAUCCGGUUAUCGAGAUCACCACAUCACAAUCAACAACGGCGUUACGAAACCAGAUCGCGAUCGCGGUCAUAUCAAUCAUUAAAUCAAGAACCACGUUAUGAAUCUAGAUCAAGACCAACAUCACGAUCCAUCCGGUCAUCGAGAUCACCACCACAUCACAAUCAACAACGGCGUUACGAACCCAGAUCGCGAUCGCGGUCAUAUCAAUCAUUAAAUCAAGAACGACGUUAUGAAUCUAGAACAGGACCAAGAACAAGAUCCAUCCGGUCAUCGAGAUCACCACCACAUCACAAUCAACAACGGCGUUACGAACCCAGAUCGAGAUCGCGAUCAUAUCAAUCAUUCAAUCAAGAACGACGUAAUGAAUCUAGAUCGAGACCAAGAUCACGAUCUAUCCGGUCAUCGAGAUCACCACAUCGAAAACAACAACCACAUUACAAAACCAGAUCGCAAUCGCGGUCAUAUCAACCAUACAAUCAAAAACGACGUUAUAAAUCCAGAUCUAGAUCUGCAUCACGAUCAUACCGCCAUAAUGAACUACGCAACGAACCAAGACAAUCGCGAUCAUACCGUAAUCGGGAACAUAGUUAUAAAUCUAACUCGACAUCUCGAUCGCGAUCAUACCGUAAUUACGAACAUUCUUAAAAAUCUAG